AUGGGUUGUGGCGCCAGCAGGAAGGUCGUCCCGGAGUCGCCUGCGCUGGUCGGAGUCAAGCAGGAGGGUCAAGGUCACGCUACAGGCGCUGAGCCUGGAUCCGCAGCGGUGGCCCUGGCAGCUCAGAGGAUGCAGGUGGUCCGCUUUCGAGCCAAGUUCGACCUCCGUGUCCUCGCCAGAUAUGACAUCAAGGCGCUCAUUGGAAAAGGCAGUUUCAGCAAGGUUGUCAGAGUGGAGCAGAAAGCCACCAAGAAGCCUUUUGCAAUAAAAGUGAUGGAAACCAGAAUGAGGGAAGGCAGAGAAGCUUGUGAAUCGGAGCUGAGCGUCCUGAGACGUGUUAGCCAUUGCUACAUUGUCCAGCUCAUCGAGGUCUUCGAAGCUCAGGAUUGCAUUUACAUGGUGCUGGAGUUGGCAACAGGUGGGGAGCUGUUCGAUCGACUCAUUGCUCAGAGAUCCUUUACAGAGCAGGAUGCUGUCAGAAUUCUCCAGAUGGUUGCUGAUGGGAUUAGGUAUUUGCAUACAUUGCGAAUAACUCAUAGGGACCUAAAACCUGAAAAUCUCUUAUACUAUCAUCCAGGUGCAGAAUCUAAAAUUUUAAUCACAGACUUUGGGUUGGCAAACUCUGGGAACAAAAGUGGUGACUGGAGAAUGAGGACGCUCUGUGGGACCCCAGAGUACAUAGCCCCUGAAGUUUUGUUAAGGAAACCUUACACCAGUGCAGUGGACAUGUGGGCUCUUGGUGUUAUCACAUAUGUUUUACUCAGCGGAUUCCUGCCUUUUGAUGAUGAAAACCACACAAGGCUUUAUCAGAAGAUUCUGAGAGGCAAAUAUUAUUACACUGGAGAGCCUUGGCCAAGUGUUUCCCAGUUGGCGAAGGAUUUUAUAGACAAACUACUCCUUCUGGAUGCUAGUCAUCGCAUGUCAGCUGGACAAGCCCUGGAUCACCCGUGGGUGCUCACCAUGGCAACAGGAUCUUCCAGGAAGAAUCUUCAGAGGGCCAUUUCCCGGAACCUCCGGCGGAGGGCAUCUCCCCAAUCUCAGAGUCCUGGAUCUGCACAGUCUUCUAAAUCCUGCUAUUCUGACAAAUCAAGGCACAAGUGGAGCAAGAUAAAUUUAGGAGUAGAAGAAUCACCACUCUCUGCACUUUUGUGA